UCUCCCAGGAUGCAGGAGUUAUAUCAGGACCCUCUGUUCCCUCCGAUCCAAGACCUAGAAGUCCAAACACAUAGCGCCCGCCUCCUACGAGACGCAGGUGCCAGGGUCUCCAGAACUGCUACAAAUUCCCUAUGGGGGAGGCAGCGACCAGCGGCUCCGCCCCCCUCGCCCAGGCCGCUGUGACGUAACUGCGACGACAGUCAAUUAGACGCGGCAGCGCCGGAUGGUGGGAGGCGGGAGUUGGAGGCCAAAGGAAGCGCAGGGCGGAAGUAGCUGCUGCUUUGCCCUUUGGCCUUUGUGGGCUGUGUGGCUGCUCUGUUGUUCGCAGGGCGUUGGCUGCGUGUCUCUGCCCAGCCGCGGUUAUGAGCCGGCAUAGCCGGCUGCAGAAGCAGGUUCUGAGCCUGUACCGCGAUCUCCUGCGCGCUGGGCGCGGGAAGCCGGGCGCCGAGGCGCGGGUGCGGGCCGAGUUCCGGCAGCACGCGGGUCUGCCGCGCUCAGACGUGCUGCGCAUCGAGUACCUGUACCGCCGCGGGCGGCGCCAGCUGCAGCUACUGCGCUCGGGCCACGCCACCGGCAUGGGAGCCUUCGUACGCCCACGGGCCCCGACGGAGGAACCUGGCGGCGUGGGUUCCCAGCCUGACGACAGCGACUGUCCAAGGAACCCCCAGGACAGCACGGAGGCACCGGAGACCCGGCCCGACGGACGGUGACAGGCGAAGAGCAGAACUUGCUCUUUGGCGCGGUGGAGCCUGGAGGCUCGCCUGACUGCAUGGGGGGGUACUAGGGAACCCGCCUAAGGUGAGAGGUCUUGAGACACUAGCUCGACGGAUUGGGGAUGUCAGAGACUCCCCCUUGGCGACGCAGGGGGCCUAGAGAGCCCGGUGAUGGACGGCAAGAGAGACCCGCCUUAUCCGAUGCUUGAAGACACAUCGUCUCUCUUCCCCCAGAAGGGCUUGGAACGGCCUGGGACGCCAGCGGGCUGGACAGUGUCAAGCCAAGAGCUACUCGCCCGAAGGUACGGGGAGCCAGGAUGACCCCCUGAUGGACGGGGAGAGUCUGAGACACCCUUUUCUUCCCCCCUGAGAACAUACCCACCUCUGGCUCCUCAAUAGACUCCCCUCUUCUGUUUUUAAAUCUGAGAAGUGCAGACUUCUUGCUGAGAACGUUUUGGGAAGGUGCCCAGAUGAGCGGUGAGAAACCCGGAAUCCCCAUUAGGAAAACUUUACCCCAUUGAUUGUGACAAGCCAGGACCGUGAGGAAGGGGCUAGGGGUCUCUCACCCUGUCUGAUCAACUGAAGACCCCUCAAGGCCCUUACUUGAUUGUUUUGAGGGGCAGCCUUGAUUCCUUUGCCCCUUCCCUCUCAGAAUGUUGCACAAGGGGAAUAAAAUUGGGGGUGUGUCUA